AUGUUUAACAGACGUACUACACUUCAGAUAAAAUCAUUUGUAGAGGAUCAAUAUAUUAAGCAGAAUUUGAACUUCUAUAAAAGAAAAGCUGCUCUGGACUUCCCGACCUUGGGCAGUAGCUGGCAACUGUCGUCAUUCCAUGCGGUCGUAUCUUUGUCUACGGCGCAGCUGCUGAGGGGCCUGACAGGUCUCACCCGGAGGCUCCCAGUGCAGCGUGCCCAGAUCCAUUCCAAGCCUCUGCGGGAGGAGCUCAGGACCACGGAUGUUGCCGUUGGGCUCACCUCCUGCUUCCUGUGUUUCCUCCUGCCAUCGGGCUGGGUCCUAUCGCAUCUGGAGAGCUACAAGAAGUGGGAGUGA